GUAUGAGAGUACUUGCAUUAAUGUGUCACAAGAACAUUAAAUUUGAAAUAAAAUUUAUUGAAAUGCAUUGCAAACCUGAAUGGUUUGUGAAAAUUAGUCCUUUAUCUAGAGUACCAAUAUUAAUGAUUGGAGAUGACAGUAAAUAAUAAAUUAUAAUGUAACUUAGUUGUUUUAUUUGAAUCUGAUGCAAUAAUGGAGUAUAUUGAUGAAAUAUCACCGCCUUAGAUUAUGCCAUCUGAUCCAAUAUAAAAAGCUUUAGAUAGAGGUAAAUUUGAAUAUGCAAGUGAACUAAUGAAAAAUAUGUCUAUCUUUGUUUUUUGUUAUGAUGAGGAGGUACUAAUUAUUAUAUGUUAAAAGAAAUUCUUUAAAUAAAGGGAAUUAUUAAAAAAAAAUAUUGAAUAAGUAGAUAAAUGGUUAGAGAAUAAAAAAUAUAUGAAUGGAGAUUAAAUUUCACUUGUUGAUUUUUGUUUCAUUCCCAUAUUUGUAAACUUAAAUGUUUUUAAGCCUAUAAUUUAGCAAUGUGAAUUAACAAAAGAUUUUCCAAAAGUUUCAAUUCAAAUAUAUAAUUAGUUUAAUAAAUAUGGAGAAACUCUUCUAUAAUUACCAUGUUCUAAAGCAGGAAAAGUGCCAGAUUAUGAAUUACUAGUAGUUGAAGGUGUCGAAAAAGUUAAUAGUUAUUUAUACAGAUCAAAUCCUUGCUUUUUUAAAAGUUUGCUAGAAAUUAAUACCAGAUAACCAACAAAAUGA